CUGUCAGCUACAACGAAAUGUCCUCCGUCGACGUCCAGUGUUGCUGUCCCCUACUCGACAGAUGACCGCACUGCCUCGGCUACCGGCAUGACCGCUGCGCUAGAUGAGAGCCUGCUGCUCUCUAGCGGAUCCCGAGAGUACUUCGAAGCUCUCAAAGCAGUAUCAACCCCUGCAGGUGCAUCAAGACCAAAGGAGCUCAACAUUCUAGCUAGCAACGAUUUGACAGGCUCGCAACGACCACGAGAAGCGCUCAAAUGGGAUGGUGCAAUCCUCACAUGGCGUCAGGGCACAUGCGUACGCGCAGUCUACGACUUGUCGACCUGGCAAGAGCACAUCACCGUUGCCCUCUUUGCAUACUUUGAUCUACCUGCCCUCUUCUCGAUCGAAGCGACAGGCUCACACAUCGACACAGUAUCCCCGCUCAAGGGCAAGGAGAGAGCUACGUCAGAGAGAGCAAAGUGGCAAGGUCUCUACGCCGGCGAGGCUCCUUCGCUUUGGGAUUCGGGCUCGCGCAACCUGCCAGGCGCUGCACGAAGCGUGCGGACCCGCGUCAUUUGCGUCAUCCUGACUCAUGUGCUCGUCAUCUUUGCACCUGCUACCGGUCAAGAAUUCGUCGUCCCCCUGCCCUUUCGGAUCGCUCAUGCGCUUCCUUUGCGUAUCGGAUUGCUCGUGCAAGGGUCUGGUGAAUCUGACUCUGCGCUUUGGUCACUGGCGGAUCCUUAUGAACAAUUUAAGCCAGUCGCAGUAGCUUCGCAGGGUACUCAGCCCGCUGCAUGCUCAGAUCCACGAUGGCUGAGCAAUCGUCUGGCGCGCGACGAGGGCAUUGAAGCCUCACAAGCGCAGGGCAACGAUCUCAAUCUACUCCUCACCAUCGAUCUCGUCCAUCGGCAGGCUUCGAUCUGGUCCUUCCAUUCUAUUGUCCAGUCUGGUGAUGUACCUGCCGCCAGAAUGCCUGAUGUCGGCGCUCCUGCUGCGGCGGCGAUGGCUAAAACGCCCAGCUCGACAAAGGCUCGCAAGCGGUCCAGCAUGGCACAUGGCGACAUCUCAAUGACACUCGAUUCACCAGCCGAUCCUCUGCUCGCUAGCCUGACGCAGCAGGUGGCCACGCCCAUGGCGAGGAAAGCUUCGAGCCAAGCGGGCCGGACUGCGAGACAAUCGCUCGGUGGGAGUACUGCCCAAGCUAUGCCAGACCUGUCAAUGCCUCCAUCGUUCUCUCCUGCGCAUACAGACAUCGAUCAUGAUCCGUUUGCCGUGCAGCUGCCGAGCGAUCAGAGUCAUGCGAACGAGAAGCAGGACUUUCUAGCUGUCCACCGGUACACCUUUGAUAUCCAUAGUGCAAUAGAGCUUGGUGAGAUGACGCUCAGUAUCCGAGCCAGCAGUGCGAAGGACACGCACCUAUUGGUCGUUCGGGACAAUGGUCAAGACAUGCGAUACCUUCGUCUGGUCGGACAUGACGAGGCCUUGGAGAUCUGCGAAGCCUGCGAGGAGGACGAGCGUGAUCUGCUGAAACACAGGCUACAAUCGAUGCCAUCGUCGAACGAUCUUGCUGCGCUGUGCGUUGAGGCGCUGCUGCCUGUCCUGCCCAUAGAUUUCAGCACUCAUCUCAUCGACCAAAUCUCAUGGGGAUCAGUAGACAAGCCUCUCGAUGUCCUCAGCGACAUCUUAUUGGGGACAGCACGAGCUGGCGAUGCUGGAGAUCCUUGGCAGGCGCUGCUGCAAGCCUCAUAUGAUGAUGCCUUUGACCCAGCCUUACAAUGGGCAAAGACUUUCAAUCUGUCAGAGGUUGCUACCAAGGACUUCGGGCCCUAUACCGCAGACGCACUGCCAGCCUUGUUUGCCCUGCGCAAUAGCAUCGGUCUCGUCAACUACGAGGCAUCUCAAAGGCGGCAGUUAGAUCGCCUUCUCGCAGAUCUAGCGGCGCAGCAAGGCUGGCAUCAUGUCAGCGACCAUCUCUUCAGGUCUACUGGAGCAAUGUCUCGGCUAGCAGCAACAGUGACCAGCUCUUCUGCAGCGGACGAAGCAUGUUUGCAGACCUUGAUCUCGACGCGUUCACAUAAGCCGCCAACAACCGUGGGCGAAAUCGACGAGCUCUUCACGAGAUGUCUUGCUGCUUUCCAAGAUCCUGAAGCAAGCGGCUCGCUAGCUCGCUGCUUCAAAGUCAUACAACUGCUAGCCGAUGCAGGCUUCACUGCUCACGACGUAGCAGACUUACCCUUGGCACCGCGACUCUUCCUACAAGAAUGCGCCCGUCGCUGUCAGCUGAAACCUCCUAGCGAGGCAUCGAAUGACUUCAUGCUUCUCAUUGGACGCGAAGACCUGGCAGAGCUACCAAGACCUGCAAUGUCGGCCACGCCUACUGGCAAGAACGCAAAACUGUUCAGUCAGGACCUGCGCGUCAAAUCGGUAUGCGAUAUGCUUGCCUACAACGUUCCCUUGUCUGUUUCACUGCCCGGAACCGUUGCGGCUGACUUCACCGAUUCGAGCGCAUUAGAAGAGCUCGAGCGUGCGACUGGCCGGCGCAUCAUGUCGAUGCCGUUCGGCAGCGCAAUGUUACAUUAUAGCUCAGUACACGGUAUCCUCGAUCAAGAUAGGACGACGAUGUCACUCGAGCUCGACUUUAUCGCGGGCAACACUACUAAACGGGUCAAGCUCAUACCUCACCUUUUGCCAGAUCGGCGUGGCUGGGCAGAUUUUCACGCUGGCGUUGAUGCAGAGCUAGCUCGAGCGUCUUCGGCCGAUCAUGACGCUCAGAAAGACAUCGUGCAGAGUAUCGAGUCUAACGAGCCUACGCCAUCGCUAGCAGGUCGACUGCUUGGCUUGGGCCUGACCAGACGCUUGCGUACAUUGACACGCUUUCAGGCGUACAAGCUCACCCAUGCCAAGAAAGAUCAUAUCUCUAUUGGCUUGCUGCUUGGUCUGUCCUGCUCCUAUGUUGGCACUUCGGACACGCGCAUCUCAAGCUUUCUGACCUCACACAUACCUGCACUGCAUCCUGCUUACGCGACUCGUCUCAAUGUCAGCCAACUCGUGCAGGCUGCCGGCUUACUGGGCAUAGGUCUGCUGCACUUUGCGAGCAAUAGGCGGCAGCUAGUCGACGGUCUCGUAAGAGAGCUCGGCUCGAUUAAAGUUGCGCAGAUACAGCCGGAGGACAAUCAUAGAGAGUCGUAUGCGCUCAGCGUAGGCCUUGCUAUUGGUUUGAUCAUGUUUACAAGAGGAGGAGAAGCCUCUCGUCAGGAUGACCGGUCACUUGUCUCGAGUUUAGCAGGUCUUGCGACAGGUACGACGAGUACGCCUAGCGCUGGUGCACAAGGGACGCUGGACAUCCACAUCGUCAUGCCGAGUGCCACCAUGGCGCUUGGUAUGAUGUUCGCAAAGACCGAUCGUCAAGACGUGGCCGACAUUUUCGAGAUUCCCCAGACGCUUGCGCGAGCGGACCGAACGCGCCCAGAUCUUGUAUUACUGAGGACGCUGUGCCGCUCAUUAAUCUUGUGGGCGACAAUCACUCCCAGCAAGAGCUGGAUUGAGUCCAUCAUGCCCUCGUUUGCGCGACCGCUCUUUAGGCGCACCGACAAGGUCGCAAGUGAUUCGCAAACAGAGGCAAUUGCAUGGACGGUCGCAGGAGGCGCAGCACUCGCUAUAGGGCUCAAAUAUGCCGGUAGCGCCUCUCGCGAAGCCCAUGCGCUGCUGCUCGACCUACUGGACCGCGUAAUUGCACGUUGGACACAGAUUCCUGCUACCGCAGCGGCUACGCUGCACCGACAGACGCUUUCAUUGCCUUUGUCUGCGAUUGUGACUGCUUUGACAAUCGUAAUGGCAGGAAGUGGCGAACUGAAUGUUCUACGACGCUUGCGGCUGCUAUAUGGCCGCUUAAGCAAAGCAGAUUCAAUGUCAGGCCAUCUCGCGACAUCAAUGAGUCUCGGGAUGUUGUUCCUCGGCGGUGGCAGACAUACUCUAGGCACAUCGCCACUCGCAACAGCAUCGUUGCUCGUUGCAUUUUAUCCGAUCUACUCACGGCAAUUCAACAAUUGCGCCAAUCUGCAGGCUGCGCGGCACCUUUGGGCGCUGGCGACUGAGCCCCGGCUGCUUGUCGCGCGCGACUCAGCUUCUGGUCAAUCCGUCUUCCUUCCUCUGCGCGCCAAAGCUGUCAGGUCCGCGGGCCAGAACAGAGCCCCUCAGCAGACUCUGACUAUUCCUGCGCUCAUGCCGAGCUUCGAGCUGAUAGGCGAGAUCAAAGUCGAUAGUCCUCGGUAUUGGCCUACAUCCUUCAAGCCGCUGACGGACCCACGCGCAGCUCGUAUGCUUUUGACGACCGGUGCGUUGGUCGUCAAACGGCGAAUGGGCCAUCUCGAUUACGCGCAAGAUCACCGUGGGACGCGCAGCAUCUUCGCUAAAAGUCAAGCAGAAGCCACUGGAAUCAUCGCGGACCAAGGCAACGCCACGCGCUGUCUCGGCCCGAGCGUUGACGGCCUAAAAGAGUUCGCCCUGUCGUUCGGGACGUAUCGCGAAGGCGUGGGUUGCGUUCGCUAUCUAUGCACCUCGGAAGCCGAUCUUCCGGGCAUGCCAAGCAGUCUCGAAGCCUUCUUGGCAUCGAGUCUGAUGGAUGCUAUGACCCACGACGCGCCGAAUACUGUUGCUUUGCACCAUGACAUCGCACUCGCGAGCCAAGCUAUCACUAGCCACUUCAAGACUGGCCUGACGAAGGACCUCGAUGAGGCUGCCAAGCUGCAAGCUCUUGUCCGCUCGGAGCUUGCCGUUGAUGGACAACAACACAAGCCGCUCUUGUCGACAGAUCUGAGCACGCAGUCUGCAAUGCGCUGGCGGCGGCUGCGGCGCCGCGUGCAGCAGGGCGAGGGUUUAGACAUGGCGCUACAGGACUACUUGAAAAGCAUCGAUGCUGGCCCUCUGCUGCCUCUGGAGCCACGACAAGCAGAGGAUUUGGCGGAGGCGAUCAAUAGCUCGGGUAUGCCUUCGCGAGCUGUCUUGCGAGACCUCAAAGCAACCGUCGGGCUACAUCACGCGAUAUUCGCUAGCCCGGCUGCUUAUAUCGUCCUGCGCCGUAUGCUGGCUGCACUUGUAGAGCCUCAGGCAGACUUGGCCUUCCUCACAGCCUCGCUGGCAAAUGCAUGGCUUUCGUUGUGGAGUUGGUUCAAUGCAGAGAUCGGCCUGCAAGCUUGGCUAGGUUGCGGAGAAGGAGAGACAUCUCCUUGUUGUGCCGCUCAGCAGUCGACACAAGGCACGCCAGAGUCGACAGGACUCGUCUCGCAUACUCGCAUUCAUCGGUCGCCUCAGGACCCUUUGGCUCUACGCCAUCACAUACCGUUCGCUAAGCUUUUGACAAACAUCUACACGAGUCACACUCCUUUCGAAAGUAGCGGCAAAGCCUGUCAAAGCACCAGCAAUACCAUCAGUACCCCUUGUUCAUCAUUCGAUAUGCAGGGCGGCUCCAUCAUGCGCAGAUCACAGCCUGUAAGGCGGCAUCACAAGCGAGACGAUCAAAAAGCAAAGAGAGCAGCCGCACAGACAGUCUCGAGUUCGCCAGCGCCAUCGACGGUGUAUCGAACCACAACAGUUGGUGCAGGCCCUGCUCAGGCUGCCGGUACCACCAGAGCGGGCCAGUCAACAGUCUAUGUGACGAGAACAGCGACAACGACUCCGAUUGCGACGCAGGUAGCAGGCAAUCCUAAUGCCAACGUUGUCACCGCCACCGUCAUUGUCGAACCUCUCUCGCUCGCGACUGCCGCCGCCGCCUCGUCCUCCUCUGUCGCCUACACGACUUUGACACUCAGUAAUGGCACACCAACAGUGCUGCCGCUCUCGAUUGCAUCUCUUAUUCCGUCUGGUCUGCUGCCGAGCCUCACAACAACCUCAUCAGGCGCGUUCGCGGCCUCUGCAUCCGCCCUCAGUGCCUCGGCCGCUGCCGCCUCGCUCAGUUCCAUCGCGGCAGCGCAAGCUGCAGCAGAGUCGGCGUUGAUGCAUGGCACUUCGACCGUCGUCGUCAUCGCACCAAGCAAUUCCAAUCUGGCCUCUGCCAAUGAUCAAUUCGAUACAAAGUCUGGUCUGAGCAAGGGCGCCAUCGGUGGCAUCGCUGUCGGCGCAUUCUUCGCAAUCCUUGCUCUGCUCGCUCUGAUCGGCUUCCUCGUUGCACGAUGGCGUAAUGAUCGCGCUCGCGCUGCCACUUCCGACAUGAUGGCACCGUCCAAUAUGCCAGAUCCUUAUGCCAAUCAGUACAACGGAGAUGUGCCAUCAUCCUUUGUGCGCUUCGAUGACGAUGACGACCUGCCCGGUCCUGCUUCAGGCUAUGGCGAGGCUGCAGAAGAGCCUGCCAUACGCUCCGAUGUACAAGCCUUGCGCUCGUAUGCGGUUUCGCAUAGGGGACAAGGCAAAGCCGCACUGUUAUACAAUUGGUUUCUUUACUCUCGUUUCACGCCGACUCAUGCCCUCACGAUCAAGCCACCACAGCUCGAACUUUCGUACUUCACACGGGCAAUAGCACAGGCCCUCGUCCGUUUCUUUCACCCUAGUCCUUCGUUCAGGAGCAGACGGGCGGGACAAUCUGUGGACAUUGAUCAUCGUUGGGGCAGACUACCUUACGGUCUGGAUCUCUUUCUUUGUAAGGAGGGCUAUUGCACGCACUCUGGUCAUCUUCAUUCGCGCGCUCGCGCUCGCUAG